AGUCAAAGUGUACAGAUCGAUAGAUCGACAAAAGAGUCAAGUGAAAAUCUCAAUUCGAGAUUAAAUAAAUCAAAGCUAAUAAAAUCAACCACAUUCCCACAAUUUCUCUUACAAAUACAAGUUAAGAUUGGACAAUUUUCUUAACCGAUGUCAAAGAAACUUGUGUGUCAAUGAAUUACCGAGCGGACACCAAAGCUAAGCUACUUAACAAUUUAAGCCUUUCUAAACAUCUAUCCUCCAAACAAGGCGGCUCACGUACCACCAAUUGCGGCAAUCGUCUAGAAUUUGCCCUACUUACGCUACUACAAAACGUUCCUUGA